AUGCUGAAGACAAGUAUCGUUCUCGUUCUGCUCAGUUGGGGGUGCGGGGCCGAAACGGCGUCCAAAGUGGAGCCUCCGGAUGCGAUGGACUUUUCGUACGAUCGUCUCUGGCGUUACGCACAGCAACAGUGCAGCGAAAAAGGUAUAUCCGCGUCCGAGUUUACCAACUCUUGGCUGACCGUGCGACGCUGCCUGAAGGAUAACCUCGAUGUGGUGCAGUUGAACGAAGACUCUAUGCGGCUGGACACAUCGAACCAGGAAGCCAUCCUUACUAGGCAUUGCCCGAAGAUGUACGAAGCGAUCAAGUGUUUCGAUCCGUUCAUGGACGUAGUGCGGGGCUGCGUCGACAAGGAGAGCUACGAAAUCUUUCACGCACUUCGCAACUGGUUCCAGGACAUCCUUCAUUUUCUGUGUGACAGCAAUGGAACGAACUUUGCUUACGACAAACGGAAGCACGACGAGUGCACCCGUGACAUGAACCAACACAUCAUAACGUGUGCGGCGGAAAACAUGAACAUCAUCUCCACUCCGGACCUGAAUCGGAAGACACUGCUCGAAGAGAACUGCAACAUCCUGGCGACGGCGAAAGACUGUUUGGUCGCCAAGCUGAAGCAGUGCGACGUGUUUGCGAACGGGGCUCGACUGUUCUACAAAAACUUUAUCCAAAUCACGUCCUGCAAAAACCACACCCAGGAGGAAGGUGGUUGA